GAACUCUAUUCGCAACCUUGUCGGGACCAUCUCCCUUUGUUGCGAACACUGCCUUCCCUUGGACCUGGAAAUCUUUUCCGCCAAUCUUAUGCUCAAGAAACAAGCGGGUCCCCUGCUCGGGCGUAGGCGGGCCUACUACUUGUCACCUCGUCCGAGGUUCAAGCUCUUGUACGAUCUUCCAAAUAAGGUCCCAGCAUGGAAGCGAGACUACUUUGUGGUUCGAAGCGCCAUGGGAUGGCCGUUUCCUACCGAGUGGGGAUUGGUUGUUCUUGACCCCGAUGCCACGUUAGAUGAAGAAACGGUGAAGGGCCUCCAGGACUGGGCCCGGCUUGGACUCAAAUGCGAAGUCUACCUGACGGAGGCCAAGCUUAUUCAGACCGGUCUGAGUUCGGGUGUUAUGGAGGCAGAGAAGACUCGAGGUGUGAACUUGUUUGAUGGUAUGAGGAGGAAGCGAGCUGCUAAGCGUGUCCGUGCUGAUGCUUCCCGGGUUGCGGAGCCCGAGGCACUUAGAAUGGAGCCUCCUAGGGAGCCCGAGGUGGCCCCUCCAUUUCAGGAAGCGGCAUGGGUCCCCUAUGCCGAAACAGCUUAUACCCGAGUUGUGCCUUCGGGCUCGGGAAGUCAGGAUGAGGUUGGGAGCGUGCUAACGCCGAGCUACACUCUCCGAAAAAGUAAGAAGGCUACUUGCCCUGAGGAGGUCACGGCGUUGGCCGAUCUUCCUACGAAUCUCAUAGGCGCUCGUGCUGCAUCUCACGCCAUGGUGGUAAGUCGGAGUAGUGUUUUUUUUUACCGAGCUGAUUUGUUCUCGUUCUGGCAGGUGAACUCCUCUAUCCACGCUUUGGCAAUCCAGGCGGAGAGGGUCUUGAAGCGAGCACAAGCUUCCGAAGUGGCUUCCCGUGUUGUGCGGGCCAAGCUAAUGAGGUCUUGGAGGGACAAAGAGGCCUUAGGAAUGGUGGUGAGACACAUGGCGGACCUGAGGCUGGACCUGGAGCAUCAGGUCGAGUACCUUCAGGAUGAUAUAGGGAGAAGACAGAGAUCUUUUCUCAGGCCGUCGAGGAGGCGAAGGUGAAGGCUGUUAAUGAUUAUAUCGCUUCACCGCGCUUUGACGACAUGAUGGUGGGCUCAUACAGAAGGGGUUUCAAAAGGAACACGUACCCCGAGCUUGACAUUAGUGCCAUAACCACUUCGCACAUCACUCCAGAAAUGGCUGCUGCGGCUGAUGAUGACGUGGAUUCUGAAGACGAAGCAGGACCUUCGGGUAUUGUCGAAGUUCCUUCUAAAGGCGAGGAAGAUGUACCUCCAGGCCUGUGAGUUCGUUGCCGUUGUUUUUUUGUUGUUUUGUUUUUUUUUUUGAACACUGUAAAGCAAACAUUUAGCAAUGAAGUACUUUCUGUUUAAGUGUUGUGCAAAUAUUCUCCUUUUGCCGAAGUGACUAUAUUGCUGAGCUGCAUGGAAUUAGGUCCCCGAAACGAGGGGAUUCCUUGAGGCGGGCUAACAUAGAAAGGCUAUAUGCCCGAUCUGUUCUCCGCCUGGGUAAAGGAAAUAUUGGUUCAGUAGGCCUGGCUAGGAGCGUGCUAUACACCCCGGGUUUCAUACCCGUGCUGCCUGCUCUCUUGGCAUUAAAACUUAGUUUUUGUUCAUGAGGCCCCGAGGUCAUCCUCAACUCGGCGCUUUAUCCCUUAGGAUUUUUUCCUAGGUUUUUUGCCCAUGCCGAAGAGGCGAC